GUCAUCGUCAGUGGAGUCUCAUCAACCUGUCGUCGCUUUCCUACGCCAUGGCACUAUGGCGCUCCCAGAAACGAUUUUCGAGUACAAUGCUGCGAUCAGUGCAUCUGGUCGUGAGACCUGUUGGCCCAAUUCUUUGGUACUCUUGGAGCUCUUGGUGCAACAAGGUCUGGUUCCUACAAUCGUGUCCAGGAGCGCUGCAGUGGGUGCCUGCAGCAGAUCUGCCAGGUGGCAGAGAGGCCUUGCAUUGCUUCGAUGCAUCGAAAAUACUUCCAUUCGCCCAAAUGCCGUAGCCUUCAAUGCCGUCAGUAGCAGCUCUGGAAAAGCUGGGAAGUGGCUUUGGAGUUGCCAAAACUUUGAGACCUUGCGCUGGAGGUCCAUCCUGCCAACUCUUCAGAGCUUCGGUGCUGCGCUCUCCGCUGUCUUGGCCUGGACCGCCGCCUUGCAGCUUUACGUGCAGAUUUCACUCAUGCAUUUAGACCCGGACCUGGUUGCCUUGAACGCCCUCUGCGGGGCGGCGGCUGUCUCUGGUCGGUGGCUGCUGACACUGCGACUCAUGCAUGCUGCAGUUCACGCACGCUUGCAGUGUGAUGCCGUGACAGGAACGGCGUUGAUGAGCUCUUGUGAGACCUGCCGAGCUUGGAGAGAAGGGCUUUUGAUGUGGAGAGCAUUGCGGCAGGAUGGCAUGACUGCAAAUCUCAUCCAGCUCAAUUCUGUCAUCAGCAACCUUGGCAAAGGUCGACAUUGGGAGCUUGUUGGAGAUUUGCUGCACACGGAGGGGAUGCAGCCGGAUGAGGUGACAAUCUGCAGCAGCCUCGCAGCAUGCUGCGAUGGUCUUCAGUGGGAGCUCGCUUUGUCCUGCUUUGGCACCGACGUGGUCCACGGCAGCGCGGUGUCGGAGGGACUAAGACACGAAGAGAAAGACAUACAGAGUGGGCUGGUUGACCUGUCCAGGACUAGCUUCCAGUACUUGCCUCCCUGGGGUCCAGACUGUACUUAGAAGAUUUCAUCUGUGUUGGGGGGGCUUGACCGGGCCAGAAAAAACAUUGACCUGGCCUGCUACAAACACAAAAUGGUUUUCCAAAGGAGGAUUGGCCUCGGAUGGCCUCGGUAGUCCUUUCGCAUUCCUUUCCGCAGAUGCUUUGAGGUACUGACCCGAAAGCUGCCACAGGGCUACUCGGGGCCUUGCGAGGUGCUCAGCAGUGGCGUCGGGUGCGGCACAUCUUCAUGCAGGUCUCCGUGGACCUCCCUUGCAUCAACGAGGUGGUGGCGACGAGCUCGACCAGUUGGCAAUGGCCAGUGGCCUUGAACGACUUUCUACAGAUCCAGGACAUUCAGCUACAGCCAGAUACGGUGGCUCGGAAUACGCUCCUGGCGGCGUUCUUGCCCAAAGGAUCGUGGCAGCAGAUGAUGCUCCAUUUCGAUGAGAUUGGUGACCUCAAGGGCUUCUGCUGUGCAGCAACCUGCUAUGCGCGUGCAGCGCAGCAAGAGGAGCUGCUAGCACUGCUGAGGCGCUCGACGUCGACGAGGUCGAGGCUGGAUCUGGAUUUGAGUGAGCUAACCCUGGCGGCAUCAAGUGCACAAUUGCCUCCAGACAUCUUGGAGUGCUUGCGACCACCUGUCCUGUCACGGCUCGGA